AACCGCAAAGAAAAAAAAACAAUCACAAAGAGAAGAGAGAAAAAGAAAAGAAAUGGAAAGCUGCCGGAACCUAACAACAAAUAAUGCCGUCGGUCUAUGUCUACUCCCCUCUGAACUCAUCCAAGACAUACUAUUCCGAUUAGCUCUACCAGUAAUCCUACGCGUGAAAACCGUUUCAAAAACACUCACUUCAGUGAUCUCCAGCACCGAUUUCCGUCGUGAUUACAACACCCAAUCAGACCCCGAUACAUGGGUUUUCGUCUAUACGAAACGGUCGCUUCGUGAUUCAAUACUCCAUGGUUUUACAGACCGAUCUGAUUCCUGGUUUAAGAUUCGUGUAUCGGAAUUCUUAUCUCCGGUUGUUCCUCCCGGUGAAGAUCUCUCGUUUCUUACGGCUUCAGGUGACUUCUUUCUCUUUUCUUCUAAUUACUGCCGGCAACUGAUCGCCGUUAAUCUGAAGCUUAAAACAGUUAAGAAGAUUCCGCCAAGUCCUCUAGGUCCACGUGAUAUAUCGUCGUGGAGACGAUCAGGUUUAAAACUCAUUGCUGGACCAAACGGAUCAGACCGGUUCAGAUUCUUAUUUGCCGAGUUUUAUGAGAAUCGGCCCGUUUUGUUUGAGUACGUGUCGGGAUCUGACACUUGGCGGUCAAUUGAAGCUGUAGAGAACGAUUUGAAUCGGCCAGAUAGUGGGAGGAAGAGAGUGUACUUGAGCCUAGUACACCGGCGGAGUGAUAGCGUCGUACUUGCAGUUGGACAAGAAGAAAACGAUCAGCCACCAGUGAUUCUACGGCCAAGAUUUGAUGGUAGAGGGGUGGAAGAGAGAUUAGCGGUUGGAUUUAGUACAGCGGAUUCUAGUACAUUGAACGUGUUCGGUGAUAAUUACAUGGCAAUUGUAAGGUCAGCGAAUGUUGAUGAUCAGCAAGUAAGGGUGUUUGGGUGUAUAGAACUUUGGGGUCUAAGCGGCGGCGGUGGUGGUGGAAUGUGGGAGUUGAGAUCAAAAGUGCCACAAGAUUUGGUGAAUAGAGUGAGGAAGCCUUAUAGUGUCAUAAUGGGGUGCUUGGAGGCCCGGGAUGGGAUAAUAAGGGUUAUUUUGAUGUCUAAUUUUAAGGGUAUGUGGGAUAUUAUUUGGUUCUCUUUUGAUUUGGCGAAGGGUGAAUGGAAAUGGGUACCUAUUCCUGAGACUAGAAUGGAAGGGCUGAAUAUCGCCGGGAUUACACUUUCCACUGGUCUUAACCUGUGAUUGAGGCGGGACCGACACACCGGACGUCCGGAUGCGCAAUACCGUGAGUGAACGAUAAAUGGCGAUAUUGUUGUGUCCUGCCUACUAAACUCUUUGGCUAAAUUUCCCUUAAAUUCUUAGAUAAAAAUGAUAAAAAUGUGCAACUUUUAAGUCUUUGUGCAUAUUAAACUGUUUGCUAUGUACAGCAAAAUAAUACUUUAACCAAUGGACUUUGCAGUGUUAGUCUUACAGAUAGGACCGGCUGCCUUAACCAAAUGCAUCAA